UGAAAACAACUCGUACCGUAAACACGUUGCUAACUGUCGUAAUUUGUCUAGCUGCUGCCCAACCUGUCACACGGGAGCAACAUUGAAAUUAAAUUUGAAAACGCUGCUGCAGAAAAAAUAAUGGCAGACGAUGAGAAGUUACCGUCUGGAUGGGAGAAAAGAAUGAGCCGCAGUUCAGGCAAAGUGUACUACUUCAACCACAUCACCAAUGCCAGCCAAUGGGAACGUCCGGUGGGAGAUGGCCGUGGAGAGCCAGAUAAGGUACGCUGCUCUCACCUGUUGGUGAAGCAUAAUCAGUCACGUCGUCCAUCUUCCUGGCGGGAACAAAAUAUCACACGAACUAAAGACGAGGCCCUGGAACUCAUUCAGAAGUACAUAGAAGACAUCAAGUCUGGAGAGGAGAAGUUUGACGCCCUGGCUUCUCAGUUCAGCGACUGCAGCUCAGCUAAGAACGGUGGAGAUCUGGGAUUAUUUGGCAGAGGUCAAAUGCAAAAGCCUUUUGAAGAUGCCUCCUUUGCUCUCAAAGUGGGAGACAUGAGUGGUCCUGUUUUUACUGACUCUGGAGUCCACAUCAUCCUACGUACUGGUUGAAAGGAAGAAGCCACAUACUGUACUUUUCUCUUACAUCUUCAUACACAAACACACAACCACACGCACACACACAGUCCAACCUAACCACACUUGUGAUUUAUUUUAAUGACACACACAACAACAAAGCUUAUGGGCUGAAUCGCAUUAUUUUAAGUGGGAUCAUUUAGUUCCAAGCACUAUUGAACAUGUAUGAAUAAUUUCAUCAAACUGAACAUCAAGGAGUAUUGCAGAUUAUUCCUGUAAGACCUCAAGCUUUUAUUAACCAUGGCAAUGCCAUUAUAUAAAAACAUGAGUGCCUGUGACUGUUGAAGUGAGUGCACCGUGAAAACAUUUCACACAAGUUUGAGAAUGCGUUUGUAAAAGCUUGUGUAUUGUAUGUGCAUGUCUUCAAAAGGACCAUUUACUGUAUGUUCUUUCUGUAAACUUUUCCAUUUCUACUGUAUGGUUGCCAAAGCAGUUUCUCUAUCUGUAUUAUUGUUUUGGAUAAUGGAUUCAAAAGAUGUUUAAAAUACUUUCUAGCCAUUGCAGACCCCUGCAGUUCGACAAAGCACAGUUAUUCUGAGUUCUCUACAUUUAAGCAUUGAUUGAAAGUUUUUGUUCCUUGCAGAUAUUCAGUAACAUAGAAUCAUUUGUUUUCAUAAUCCACAUAAUCCCCCCCCCAACCCCCCUGUAGGAUAUGCAAAGAUGGCACAGUUGAAAACUUCCAGGUUUUAACAAUCAGCUCUGCUGCUUUUAAAAGCAUCAAAGUUCAGAUGAACUGUUACACUGUUGUCUCUUUGGAGUUUUUCUUUCAUCAAUUAAAAAAUCUCUUUUUUUGUAAGUCUCUUGUUUUACUUAGUUCCUCUGUUUUUGGAGUUUCUCUUUAUCAGAGUACAUUGAGCAUUACCACAGAUCUGAGGGCAGGAGGGGCAAGGUUUUAUUUGGAACAGAAUGAAACCAUGGACACGCUUAUUAUGAAAAUGGUGCUGAUUAAUGGUGUCAGCAAACCUGCAGCUUAAAGUGCUUUAUGUGGAAUACACAGAAGCAUCAACAUGAAUAUUAAUAAUAUAGUAUAAUAAAGUCAGUUUUGAUUAAUGUUAUCCUUGCAUCACCAGGCAAAAUGAUCAGUAGAAAAAAAAUAGAAUACAAAAAAUAAUUUGGACUUAGACCGAACAUACAGUAAAUUGUAUAUAAAAAAGAGGAGCAUGUUACAUUAAGGGAGAUGUUGGAGAAUGAUCAAGAGAAUUUUGGCACAACCUGUUUGCUGUGUAAUUUCAGUUGAAGGAAAUAAAGUCAAGUGAUUUGUCUGUAA